AUGGAGCCCGUUACAGCCAUCGCACUCUUUUGCAAUGUGCUGGACUUGCUCGAGAAGGCCUACAAGGUCACCCGGAAGGCGCAGGAAGCGUACGACUCCGGCAGCGGUUGGACAAGAGACCAAGAGACUCUGGCGGCCUUCACCACGAAUAUGGAGACUGUCUGCCAUGAGCUGCAGAAUAAGGCAAGCGAUAUCGCAGCAGUGGAGGCGCCAUCGGCAGCGGAGGCAGAGCUGCAGAACGUUGCUCUAAGCUGCCAAGAUCUGUCAUCGAAGAUCAGGUUACUGUUAGAGCGGUGUCAAAUGAGGAACCAGAAGUCCAUCACCGAGGUCAUAAAAUCUGCGUUUCGGUCAACUCUUCAUAAACGAGAAAUUGAAGACCUGAAGAAAGACCUCGAAAUUGGCCAGAGGACUUUACAAACCGCAUUGGCUUUAUCAACCAGGUUGGCAACAGUACUGCGAGCAUUGGGUGGCAACCCAGGCAGCGGCUCAUUGAAUCCUCGGUAUGAUGAAGUCGUCGAAGCUGCCGCCAAGACGUUCGAGCGGGUUUUCACUGCGCCAGAUAGGAUGAAAGCCCUCGAACCAGACUUGACGAUUAAUUUUGUCGAGUGGCUACAGCAAGGCGAAGGAGUGUUUCAUCUUGCGGGUAAACCUGGCUCUGGGAAAUCUACUCUCAUGAAAUUCUUAUUUGACCAUCCUGAAACGAAGAAGCAUCUUCUGCAAUGGGCUGCCGAAGAGAAACUCAUCCUCGCGAGGUUUUUCUUCUGGAAAGCAGACCCGAGGCAGAACGGGAUGAUGGGAUUGAAGCGAGGUAUACUGCAUGACAUCAUUAAACAAGCGCCUGAUUUAUGCGAACGACUCUUUCCACAGGUCCGAACAACGAGUUUGCCCUUAGAUUCGAUAUCUCAGUCUCAACUGGAUAAUAGAGAGGUCUCGCAGGCCUUUGAUACUCUGAUGCAGGACACCACGAUCCUAGGCGGCUUUCGUGUCUGUCUUUUCCUCGACGGACUUGACGAGUUUGACGGCCGCGCUAAUCCUGAGGAUCAUACACAGCUUGUCAACAGUAUUCUGAUGUGGAACACCAAACUACAACGACGCAUGAAAUUAUGUGUUUCCAGCAGAGAGCAACCACCUUUCACCAACAUGACAGUACAAGGCAGAAUACACCUCCAAAAUCUCACGCAAGGCGAUAUACUCGUGUUUGUCUUCCAAAACCUACGAUCACAUUGGCGUUUUCAGCAUCUCAAGGCAUCCGCUCGGGAGCGGACAUCCAGGGAUGGACCCCCCAGCACACAAGUUAUAAACACAUGUGAUAGGUGUAACCGCAACCUCACAACAGAUUGUCUCAUAGAAAAUAUCGUCGAAAAGGCAGAGGGUGUAUUUCUGUGGGCUUCGCUGUUGAUCAAGGACUUGCGCAAACGCCUAGAUACCGGAACGACCCUAGAAGCCUUACACAAUCGAGUCGGCGAAGUACCGACUGGCUUGAAUGAUAUCAUCAGCUAUACACUGGAUUGCAUUGAACAACAACAUCAACUCGAAGCUGCGGUACUUUUCAGAUUGAUAAUGGAUCAGUCGAUGAGUUCUAAGCUGAGGUUGAAUGACGAGAAAAACUUCUUGAAGUACACAACUUGGCCCGAAGUUACUCUGGUAGCGGUUUCGUACUUCUUUGACGCGAUCGAUAUUUCUCGGAAUUGUCCUUCCAGAUAUGUGCGCAAAGACACCAUGACACCUGCCGACAACUCUGAAAGGCUUGCCGUUGCUACAGAUAGAGUCUACGGUCGCUGUAAUGGCCUUUUGGAAAUCCAGUACGCCAAGGAUGACCCUAGCUCCCGUACCGAUCCCUUCUCAAGGUAUCAAGAUACACUUCUGCGCUCAACAGUAACAUUUGUGCAUCGAUCCAUUAUCGAAUGUAUCGAGGCUUGGUUGCGACAGGAACACAUCCAGAUGGCUUUGGAAAUGCAAAGCUAUGGCCAGUGGCUAUGUCAUAUAAUGUUUGACUACAUCGAUUUCACAUACCUGAGGAACAGCCCAUGCAACCUGGCCUGGCUGGUUCACGAUAUGAGUUGGCUGCUUUUUAUCAUAGAUCAGCAUGGACUAUUUGCCCAAAAAGAGAUCAUCAGGCUUUUGAAGGAUUUCGAUGCGAGUUGUCUUCUCCCUCUAUUCGGAACGCCAGGUUCUUGGAGUAUCUGCAAUAUCAAGAAACGGAACCGAUUUUGCAUUUUCUCAACUGGCCACGAGGAACUAUACUCGCUGAUUCUCGCUUCAGCCCAAUUCAACAUUCAUGAAAUUAUUGAAACCUGGCUCUCGGUUAUAGAUACGAACUGCAAUGAUAAUCUUGUAGCACUUCUCCUGCUAUCCACUUUGAACCCGAAUGUGCUCAGUUGGAGGCCAUAUUGCACUCGAACGCUUCGAUUUCUCCUCCAGCAAGGCUUCUGUUUGGAGACUAAAUUUUCAGGCCCUUAUAUCUAUUCGGACUCGCCCUCGGGGGCUAGAUGGGUCUGUCAUGUCGAGCCAACUGUCUGGCAGUUAUUUUUGAUGUAUACGUUUGUCCAGGGCGACAACGAUAUCGACUCCGAUGAUCGACGAGGGGAUACUUGCCAGAUAAUGCAAGUCUGUUUGGAGCAUGGAGCCAACGCAUGGACCUGGGUAGUGUCUGAAGAUAAAUCCGUGAAGUUCUACACGAGACAGCAUGGAUACCCAACGCAUGUUGCCACGUUUACCUGGCGUGACAGGGCAACAUAUAAAAAAGGAAAUGACGCCAUCCUUCGGGACCUUUCAAGACCAGGCAAAGUCAUAACAAUGCGAAAUUGGGUUGAGCGCUUCAAGCCCACCAACGCUGUUAUCAUCCUACGACUAAUGGAUGAAAACAUGGACAGAAUUAAACAGCAAGAAAUCUAUAAUAACAAGGUGGCCUUCCGGGAGUUGCCUUUGUUUGAUGGAGACGGGCGGAACGAAAAGGAGAUCAAAAGACAGAAGAGUGCGAUCGAAGAUUUGAGACAAUCCACAUAUGAAGGGAAGCAGAACGGCAGAUACCGGACUUUGGCUAGUUUCGCAGGUGAGUGA